GGGAGGUCAGAGGUGAAAGUUGACAGCGUGCAGUCACAUGACACUGAAGCUGAAGAUGGCUGCUGUGCAGUGGCAUUCCCGGGAGAGAAAUUACUCGGAGGAGUUUGACUCCUGCAGGCCGGAGAGAAUACCCGUAGACUAUGGGGACUACCAUCCCUUAAAGACCAUCACGGUCACAGAAUCUAAAUCUAAAAAACUGGGAAGGAAGGAAAGCACGUCCUCCAGCUCCUCUUCAUGCUCCUCUAAUUCGGUGGCGGACCCGCUGAGCAGCGUCCUGGACGGGACAGAUCCCUUAUCUAUGUUCGCGGCCACAGCGGAAUCAGUUGCAGCGACCACGGAUAUUAACAGGAAGAAGCGGGACAAGGAGGACUACAUAGGAAGCGAUUUUGAACCGUGGUCAAGUAAGCGGGGUGAGAUCCUGGCCAGAUACACGACUACCGAGAAGCUUUCUAUUAAUUUGUUCAUGGGCUCAGACCGAGGCAAAACCUCAACUCCAGGUUCCGCAGUGUCAGAGAAAGUGAGAACGCGCCUGGAGGAGCUCGAUGAUCUGGAGGAAGGAUCACAGAAAGAACUCUUGAAUCUGACUCAACAAGAUUACAUCAGCCGAAUCGAGGAGCUCAACCAGUCCCUAAAGGAUGCGUGGGCCUCUGAUCAGAAAGUCAAAGCCCUGAAAAUAGUCAUACAGUGUUCAAAACUUCUCUCUGACACCACAGUGAUCAAGUUCUACCCCAGCAAGUUUGUGCUGAUCACGGAUAUCCUCGACACGUUUGGAAAACUGGUGUAUGAGCGUAUACUCUCCAUGUGUAUGGAUAAUAGGACGGCUUUGCCUGCCCAUUUUACUCCGGAUGAUGUGAACGAUACAGCCAAGGAGACUUGUUUGAAUUGGUUUUUCAAGAUUGCGUCCAUUCGGGAACUUGUUCCUAGAUUCUAUGUCGAGGCGGCCAUCCUAAAGUGUAACAAAUUUCUCUCUAGAACUGGGAUACCAGAGUCUCUUCCCCGACUGACAUCCAUGAUAAAAGGCAUUGGAGAUCCUCUUGUGUCUGUGUACGCCCGAGCUUACCUCUGCAGGGUCGGGAUGGAAGUAGCUCCUCACAUCAAGGAGAAUCUCAACCAGAACUUUUUUGAUUUCCUGCUCACCUUUAAGCAAAUUCACAGCGACACAGUGCAGAACCAGCUGGCGGUACAAGCUGUGGAGAUUCCCAUUUACCUCACCCUGUAUUCUCCUGCCAUAGACUGGAUGCUGCGCUGCAUUGCCUAUCGGGCCCCAGAUUCUCUACUGACUGAAAUGAUGGGGCGCUGCAAGAAACUUGGAAACAACGCUCUGCUGCUAAAUUCAGUGAUGUCGGCUUUCAGAGCAGAGUUUAUCGCUGCCAGAUCAAUGGACUUCAUUGGAAUGAUUAAGGAAUGCGACGAGGCCGGCUUCCCUAAGCAUCUACUUUUCCGCUCUUUGGGACUGAGCUUGGCUUUAGCUGACCCUCCCGAGAAUGACAGACUCCAGAUUUUAAAUGAAGCAUGGAAAGUGAUCACUAAGUUGAAAAUCCCCCAGGAUUAUAUUAACUGCGCAGAAGUGUGGGUUGAAUACACUUGCAGACAUUUCACGAAGAGAGAAGUGAACACUAUUCUGGCCGAUGUUAUUAAGCACAUGACCCCGGAUCGGGCAUUUGAAGAAGCCUAUCCACAGCUUCAGUCUAUAAUUACCAAAGUCAUUGCGCAUUUUCAUGACUUCUCCGUCCUCUUUUCUGUGGAGAAAUUCCUACCGUUUAUGGACAUGUUCCAAGAAAGUGUUCGAGUGGAGGUUUGCAAAUGCAUCAUGGAGGCGUUUAUCAAACAUCAGCAGGAAGUGACCAAGGAUCCAGUCAUACUGAAUGCUCUGCUCCAUGUCUGUAAGACCAUGCAUGACUCUGUGAAUGCUCUGACCCUGGAGGACGAGAAGCGGACGCUAGCCCACCUCAUCAAUGGCUUCAUAAGGAUGGUCUCCUUUGGGCGUGACUUUGAACAACAGCUCAGUUUCUAUGUGGAGGCGCGCGCGCUGUUCUGCAAUCUGGAGCCGGUUCUUGUCCAGUUAAUUCAUAGUGUGAACCACUUGGCCAUGGAAAACCAAGAAAGUGAUGAAAGGGAAUCAUUCAGAAAGACCGCCUCAUUCGUCAGGGCUUGUGUUGCCUUCUGCUUUAUUACCAUUCCUUCUCUGACCAGCAUCUUCACCCGACUUAACCUGUACUUGCAUUCUGGCCAGGUGGCUCUUGCAAACCAGUGCCUUUCCCAAGCUGAUGCCUUCUUCAAAGCUGCCGUCAGCCUUGUUCCAGAGGUGCCAAAGGCUAUUAAUAUAGAUGGAAAGUUGCGCUCUUCUGAAGCCUUUCUCUUGGAAUUCCUCAGCAACCUUUUCUCCACAUUGCUGGUCGUUCCUGAUCACCCUGAACAAGGCGUUCUCUUCCUGGUACGAGGUCUUUUAAAUGUGAUUGAAAACUACACUUGGGAAGAUAACAGCGACGAUAAAGUCCGGAUCUACACCAGCGUCCUGCACUUACUGGCGGCCUUAAGUCAAGAGAGCUAUCUCUAUCACAUAGACAAAGUUGAUUCCAAUGAUAAUCUCUAUGGUGGAGAUACAAAAUUCUUGGGGGAAAUCAACAAACUGUGUGACACCCUGAUUGGACAGAUUUUGGAGCAUCUGAAAGUUCUUGGGAAAGAAAAAACCCUGAAGCGUCAGAGCGCCCUCGCACUGCUCUUUUUUAAUAGUAUUUUGGCUCAUGGAGACCUGAGGAACAAUAAAUUAAACCAGCUUGCUGUUAAUCUAUGGAACCUGGCUCAGAAGCACGGCUAUGCCGAUACAAAGACCAUGGUGAAAACCCUGGAAUACAUCAAGAGGAGAAGCAAACAACCUGACUGUGGUCACUUCAGUGACCUGGUGAACAGACUUCUGCUGCAGUCUAGAACCUAAGGACAAAUGAAUGGCGUUCCCAGGUUUUGUCCUUGAAAGUGGAAAUACCAGAGAAGAGAUUAUGAAGCUGCGCUGGUUCUGGAAGUCAUCGUGGUCAUUCUUACCCCAUCAUGAGUGUCUGUAACUCCAUGGCAUCCAGCAAUGUAUCACAAUGUCAUUCUGAAGCCGUCUGGUUUCCUUCAAACUCAUUGGUGCCUCCUACCUUCACAUGCCCGAAGCCUUGUACAACCCCAUGUUUUCUGUAGUCGCAGUCCCACUGGUCUUCUGUCAUAGUUUCACUCCAUUCACACUUUUGCUAAACUUAAAAGUUAUCAUUUCAUAAUGGUUUGUGCAAGGCCAAGUUUAAAAAAAAAUAAAAAUGUCCUUGUUUAAGGACUGGUCUCUGCAGUUUUCCUUCUUUCUAUGGACACGGUAAGGCUGAGGUCACACG